CAAUCCUCUUACCGGUGCUGUCACUAGUUGGCUGGGCAAAAGAGCGAAAGUUACCUUCAUUUGUUUUCAGUUUUGUUUCAGUACGGAUUAAUCGCCGUUUCGUUUCAGUACUGAACAUGCGGUGUUGAGUGAAAAGUGAGCCAUUAUUCUGCUCAAGAGUGUUAAAAACACAGUGCUUUAGUGAUUCACAAACAACGUCUCAGGGCCGGUUUUCAUCCAAGUUUUAUCAAUAGGAGAGUUAGAUGAGAAAUAUGACUACCAAAAUUUUAAUAUUAAUUUCUGCACUUCUAGCCCUCGCCGCAUCGUACCCAUCCAAAUCAGAUCUAAUCACAGAACCAAAACCUGGAGAGGAAUAUGUAUUCGUACAGUCCACCAAUCUCGAAGCUAAACCAGUAAUACGAAACGAAAAAACAUUCCCAGCGGAAAAAGAAUUCGAAACAUCUCAUAAGUUACCGCCUUCGCUGAGAUAUAAACUAGAGGAAGAUGACGAAGCUGAAGAAGUUCAUGUUAAAGAAGUGAAAAAGGGAAAAAAGAUUUUGAAGAGGGCUGCCCAAGUAACUGCACCUGCUCCAGCGCCUCCAGGAGCAACAAAAAUUGAUGUGAAAGCCUUACUAGCUAAAUACCAAUCUGCAAGUUCAACAUCAACAUCUCCUCCCAAAACCGAAUCAACUACCAAGAAGGUCCAGCGUCGACGAGGCGGAUCAAACAAAAGAGUAAAGAAAGCAAUUUCUUCGAGACCAGAAGUUACCAGUCCUAGUCCCGUCCUAACCACAGGAAAAGCCAUCCCCAAAGCUGUCGUAGAUGAUAUUCCUCUUCUUGGUGCAGCUAGCGAUAAACAAAGGUCCAGGAUACAAAUUAAAAAAGGACCCAAUGGUCAAGAGUAUGAGUACGAGUAUGUUUAUUAUUAUUACUAUGAUGACGACGAUGAUAACAAAAACAAGACAUUCACCAACGCCCAUGACGGUCCCGCAAGAAACCAAAUUCCUACUCGAAGUGAAAAGGAAAAAGCAAUCGCUGAAAGUAACGAAGUCCUUCCAUCGAGAACUGCCGCAAAAAGAGGUAGACAAUUGGGAGAAGACGAAACUGUCAAUGAAGAAAGAUUACCAGCUAAUACAAGAUUCCCUCCAAGAAGCAGAAAUCUGAACACCACGCCCUUACCCGAAGAGGAAACAAAAGCCUCCAGUGCCGGAACAGGAGCGCCCAACAGAGGCCGAGGAAGAGGAAGGCCAGCGGGUGAUUCGAACGCGCUACCUUCGACUGAGGUCGACACUACUUCUGAUGAAACUCAAGCAUCUAGAGGUCGCACCCGAGUCCACCGUCCAUCUCUGGAUUUAGUCGACAAUGACAGUUUCAACACCCAUAAUGGAGGAAGCAGCCAAAGUAAACCAUCAUUUCCUCAAGAACUUCCUGAAGGACCGGUACGUUUUUUGGGAGCCAUACCCAACGAGCGCAUCGAAUACGACCUACCAGCCCCAGAAUCGGUUGAAAAAGAAUCUCCGGCCCCGGAAAGAGAGGAUGAAGAAGUAGCAAGUACUCCAGAAAAAGACAGUACUGGAACAGUUUUUGACCCUACAACAACCGCCAUGUCUCCUAUGGAUAAAGUUGCUUUAGAUCUAUAUGCCAUUUCUCAAGGAACACAAAAACUCUUCGGAGAAGGUGAAGAAAGUACUGGAUCGACUGAGGAAUCGACAGAUGAAGCUUCAACAAUUACAGAGACUGAAGCGACAUCGAGCACCACAACUACAACUACCACCACAACAACUACAACAACAACUACGACGACCACUACUCCACCACCUCCACCUUCGACUGAAGCACCCACAGGUUUUGGAAGGAAUAAAUUUGGUGCUGGUAGACGUACCCUUGGAGGAAGAAAAUCAACAACCACUACUACCACUACAGAAGCAUCUGCUUCCGAACCUAAAAAGAGUAAAUUCGGAAGACCCAGCUUUGGAGGAAGGUCUCGAACAAGAACAACUGCCGCCCCAUCAGCUGAAGAACCUGUCAGCCAAGAAGAAGUUAAACCUGUUGGACAAUCAAGACCUACGGUGAAUAGAUCUCGAUUCAGUUCUUCCAGAACACGAACAAGGACUACUGCAGCUCCUUCCGAUGAUCCUAAAGAAGAAUCAAGUACUUCAGCACCAUCUAGGGCUUCCCUUCCCAAAUCAAGACCAGGUUUAAGAACUAGAAGCCGUACAACAGCUGCACCAUCAACGGAACAUGACGACAAUAAGGAUGACGCAUCUUCAACCGCAGACUCAAGCACCACAGCCAAACCUAGGAGGAUUAGCGGAGGAUCAGCUGUGAGACCAUUAAGACCAGGAGCUAGGAUUAACAUAGGAGGAAGUCGAGGCAGAACCACUACAAGUACUACUGAAGCAGCUGCCCCAGUAGAAGAUAAUGUUGCAGGUGAUGAAGAACCCGAAACUCAUGAUGAACCAAAGGAAGAAGCACCAGCUGCAGUAGAUAACUCACCAUUAGGCCGUUUACGAAAUAAAAACAGAAUCAACGUUCAGCCACGUCAGAAAACUGCAGCAAGCGCUCCAGUCCAAGUACGUAGAGUCAACCCACUCCUAGGCAGAAAACGUCCCGGUCAAUCUACUGAAAAUCCAUCCAGUGAAGCCCCGCAAGAGCCAUCUUCAACGGAAGCAGCCGCAGAAGCUGCUGAAGAAGACAGUGACGAAACCGAAGCUGCAGCUCCAAGCUCCAGCACGACAACGGAAGAGCCUAGAGGACUGAAUAAGCUUCUGGCUGGAAGGAGGCGACUGCCUGCCCGAACUCCUGGAAGUAUAGCUAGUAGAGCACAAUAGGGAAAUAUAGACUGGUGUAUACAGGGUGGCUGACUCUAUUCACAGUGACUACGUUAGGUUUUCAUUAAAAUUUUCGUUUCUUUGUUAACUUAACAAUAUCCUCUACAUUUUUAUCUAUUCAGUUCCUCUUUAGAUUCUUAGUCACAUUUACUUACUGUUCUGUAAGUUGUCCUUUACAGUGACUUACUGGCCCAAAGCUUUCUGUGUACUUUCUCUCUCAACUAAUAGUACGUACCUGCUAACUUAAUGUUUAUCUGUAAAUAUUUGCUUUAGCAUUUCUGUCCCACUGUAAUUAUAUUCACAGCCAAGAAAAAUCAUUACGUGAUCAUUUUUCAUAAGGUAUAGGUACCUAUUCAUUGGCGAAAUUGUCAUCGGCCGAUUGAAAUGGUCCAAAUUUCAUUGAAGCAUCAGGAUCUGUCCACGUGUAACUGUUUACAUGCAUCUUCUUGACUGUUUAUAGAUUAUAAUAUACAGGGUGAUUCAUUAAGAAUAUCAAAUCUCUGACUUGUAGAUUCUAGACCUUAAAAUAUUAAGAUUGAACCCCAAUCAUUUAAAUGAAAUAUGGCUCCUUGUACACCCCUUACAGGGUGUUUUAUUUGUACCCUUACAGGGUGUUUUAUUUGUACCCAGUAGGUACUUUAAUUAGAACUAUUUGACAUAUCCUGGUCAUUAUUGUAAGUGUAGGUGCUGUACAACCUACUAAAUUAUGUUAAAUAAUCGUUUGUGGCUACUACCAGAGGCGUACGAUAGGGGAAAGUGAAUGGUUGACCCUUCUCAAAUACUACACGCCACUGGUGGAAUUGCUAUUUUAGCGCAAUAUUUCGAUUCGCCAAUACUUUCUAUGUAAGUAAUGUACUCUUCAUUUGUAACGAUGUAAGUCAUUAUAUUUCCAGACAUUUGAAGAUAAAAAUGAAACGGCACAGUUAUUUUGAUUAAUCUAUUGUGCCGCUUAAUUUUUAGCUUCAAAUAUCUCGAAAACUAAUUAUUUUAUGCUUAAAAAUAAAAAGUAUAUUAUUUAAAUAGAAAGUAUUGGAGAAUCGAAAAAUUGCACUAAAAUAGCAAUUCCGCCAGUAAACUAAAAUUUGGGAAGGGUCAACCAUUCACUGCUACCUGUCGUACGCCUAAGGUAGUAGGUAGAAACGUGUAUAUAUCAUAGAUUAGUAGGGUAUACAGUGCACUUUCUGCCAAGUAUGCCAAGGAUAUGUCAAAUACUUUUAAAGUACUGGGUACAAAUAAUUUUUAGACUUUUAAAUAAAACUCCCUGUAACUCAGUAAGGAGCCACAUUUUAUUUAAGUGAUUUGGGUUACAUCUUAAUAUUUUGGAGUCUAUAAUCUACAACUCAGAGAAUGAACAUUCUUAAUGAAUCACUCUGUUAUAUCCUGUUAGAUUCAGCCUGUUGGGCUUAGCUUAGCUGGUAUGUACCUUUUUUGACACAAACAUUAUUUUCAUUGCAUUCAUAAUGACUAAGAUUAUUUGAACUUUUUCUAAUACUUAAACUUCCACUGUGCUUAUAGAAAAAUUGUCCACAGUUCCAAAACACCCUAUACCUUGAAAUAAUUCAAAAUCGGUUACUAAAGAACAACAAAAACACCGAUUUGUUAUUAACUUUUAUAUUAUUUAAUAUAAAUAGAUGGAAAUUCUUUCCUGAGAAGUCCUUCAAAUUUAUAGUUGAAAAAUUAUCCGGAUAGCUUAAAAACUCAAACAUAAUGAGUAACUUUAUCAACUAUACCAUAUUCCCUAAUGUUGGACAGCAUGAAAGCCUCACUAUAUAUUGAAACAACUUACUAACAAGCUCUUUUCAAGGCUCUUCUAUUAGAAUAGGUACCAGAAAAAUUAGAUCUUCAGUUCGAAUUUGUAUAUUCACGUAGAAAGUAUAAGCUACGCCAAAAGCCAGCUCUACCAAGGAUACUAAAAGAUAACGAUAUCGAAUUUAAGGAAAGCCACUGUGUAACAGAACAAGAUCUCCAAAAAAGAGGAAAAUACCAAGCUACGAACUGCUGGAUGCUACCUAUCAUCAAACGUAUAACACAUCUACAUUCAUAAAAAGGAACAUAGAAACGCAGAAUACUUGUGUCUUCCAAGAAAUGGAAUGCUGCUCUUUUUUACUCUUUCACGCGCUGUCAAACAUUACGAAAUAUUUACUAGCUAUUCGGAUAUAUUAGAAAAUAUUUUUUAUUUUAUAUCGUACGAGUACUAUUAAUAUUUUUAACUUAUUUCUUGAACGUUUAAGUUUAUAUACAUACAAAUGAAAAAGAGUGAUAUAUUUCAGAUACAUAUAGCGUUUCCAAAAACUUUAUACAUUCAGAAUAUUCCUAACGAUAAAAUAUUCAAUUUAGAAAAUUGGUCCAUCUAUAACACCAUUGCUUUCUAUCCAGCAUUAAGUAUAUUUUGUUUCUAUUUUCAACAAACCUUUAUUUUACUCAUACAAAUGGACAUAUUAAUAGCAAAGCAAAAAAUCCUUUCUGAUUAGAUUGUUCAAAUAUAAUAAGGGUUUUGUAAAAAUCAGUCAAAAAUAUAUCAAUCUCUUAUUCCUUUGUAUAAACAUUUUACAACACCUAUUAUGGUCCUUCCUACCCGGAUGUGAUAUUUCCAGCGGUACAUCUCAUAAAAUGUACGCAUUGAACAACCUAUUGUUGUAAAUAGAUUUGGUUAUUUUAUAUGCUUAAGUAGACUCAACUUUGUUCUUAGGUUAAAUCUCGAUGUUUAUAUUUUUUACUGUAAAACAUGCAGGCCACCCAUGUGCCAAUAUUUUUUUAAAACGUUAGUGGUUAGAUUUUUACAUAAUUUUUUAGAUAACUUAUUACACAUAGGAUCCGUUUUCAAUUGUAAAUAAAUAUUUUUUUAUUU